UCAUGGCGUAAACAAGAAUAUUUAAGUUGUCGGAACUGCAGUGAAAUCAACUGAACUACCAUUACUUUCUAUUGUUUAUACAGGUUAAGAUCAGAUACAUCUUGUUGGGCAUAUAGAGAGAACAUAUGAUUUAGCAUUUCGCAUGAUUUAUAAUGUAUAUAAAAAGGGUUAAUUAAAACCAAAUAAUGACUUUGGUAAGAAUAUGUUGCGAUCACUUUAAAUGUUAAUCUAUAAAAGGAGUUUGGAAGUAAACGGUUGAAAUACAGCUAGGGCGCGCCUGUAUUUUGUAUUGUCAAGGUCAGGACAUUACUAUGAAGGCAAUAUAAUAACAUAAUACUCUUCAAAAUCACUAGGAUAUGAUUAAACAUAUCAACAAGAUUCGCGAUUCAACUAUCAAGCACAUGGAAAUAUAAGUAUAAUUUGUUUGGCCUCAAUGAUAAUAAAACUGCGUGGAUAUCAUUUCGCGUGAGUAAUGAAGUUUCUACUGCAAGAGAUGAGACUGUCUGUCUUGGUGCUGUGUGUGUACUUUGUGGUCCCCGUGGGAACCUCAACAGUAGACGAUGUUAAAAGACUACUUGACAGAGCAAAUUCUUCGAAUUAUGACAAGAGGAUCCGACCAUUGAAGAAUCAGACAAACGCUUUAGAAGUAACACUUGGUUUAAUUCUGUAUAGUGUUAUAGAAUUCGACAAUCCGAAGGAGGCAUUAUCCACUUCCGUUCAACUACUAGUUAAUUGGAAAGACGAGUUACUUGCUUGGGAAAAAGAUGAAUACGGCGGCAUAGAUGGCUUGCGUUUUCCACAAGAUGAUAUUUGGAAGCCAGAUCUACGUCUGAAUAACUCGUACAAAUCCUUCACAGGAUUUGGAUCUGACGACCUAACUAUGAAGGUGACGUAUGAUGGCAACGUCAGCUGGUUUCCAAUUCAAGCACUAGAAUCGCAAUGUUCCGUAAACACAAAACAUUUUCCAUUUGAUACGCAGACUUGUAGUCUGAUCUUUGAAUCAGCAUGCUAUAUUGCUUCGGAGCUGAAGUUAUCGAGAGUCGGUGAAGAUGGCUUAAAGCUUACGUAUUAUCAAGAUAACAGCGCAUGGGAGUUAACAUCCACUUCUACAAUUGAGCACGAACCUGGAGCGGUUGAAUUCAAGCUUGUACUCAAACGUAGACCGAGUUAUUACAUGAUCCACAUUUUCGCACCAAUAAUACUCCUGACUUUUCUGGGUCCCCUCGCCUUCGUGCUUCCCAAUGAAGCUAGAAGCAGUUUUGCCAUUGGGUUAUUUGUAACGUUUGGCGUCUUCCUGACCACCGUAGCUUCUAAACUACCCCAAAAUUCAGAAGAAACUCCUUACGUCUCUUACUACCUUGUGGUUAUGGCAGUCUUGAAUUGUAUAAUUGUCAGCAUAUGCAUCGUUCAACGACGUCUUGUAGUGGAGUACGAAAGCAAGCAUCACACUGGUUUUUUCUACCGGCUAGCACAAACAAUGGGUCGUAUUGAACCAAAGAAGGAACCAGCACAAAAAAUGAGGUGUAUUGAACAAAAGACGGAAAGGAAUGAGGCGGAACCGAAUGAGGCUAGUACCGUUGUUAACAUGAAUGUCGCAGAUUCCCGGCUGUUUUUUUUUUUCUUGUUUAAUAUUUUUGUAGGUUCUGUGAUAUCCUACAAAAUGGCGCAUGGAUAAUAUUCGAGACAAUCAGUUUGUUGUUCACCAGUCACAUUUAAACUAGCGGGACGAAGUCUGACGUCUACCAAUCCAUGGCGUAAUGUAAAGUAGUUAACACCAUGGCGAACAAACUUUAACAAAGUUAUACAUAAUUGCAUGCGUUAUUUUUGUUGUCACUGCAAUCUAAUAAUGAUCAAGAAGCACUAACUGCGUAGAUUGUACUUAUUUAUUUGAAUACAAAAUACAUCAAUUAGUUUCAGUGUGACAGUAGACAGAACUUCAAACUAAACCUCAAAUUAAGACAUACAUGCAAAUAAAUUAAAAACCAUCCCUACUAUUUAUCAUAUUUUAUUUUGCGCUUGUUUCUAUAUUUACUUGAUUAUUUUUAACUAAUCGCUGUUACCAUAGGAGGUGUAUAUGAUAAAAGACGUUAACUACCAAAGAAAGCAAAAAAAUGUACUAGUUACUUCCAUAGAUGAAACUGUAGAUGCCAUCACUAAAUUAAAAAAACAACACACUCCACUAUCGUUUGAUCAUCAUUUAUUAAUUGCACUGCAACCGCUUUAUGUUCACAAUGGAAUAACAUUUGUUACACACAUCAUAAAUAUAAUGUCAUCAAACACUUACUUGUUUGCAAAUCGAAGGAAUGCCACGAGCUAUAUAACAAAUAGUUUCCUUUAAUACUCAUGAACCUUAAAACAAUUGAUGAAUACUAGUACUGUGUGUGGUCCUAUCAUUCCGUGAUAUACUUAGCAUAUAACGUUGCACAUUUGAAAUAAAACUCAA